UGAUGACGUCAGCAUGUUUGCCGAACUAAAGCAGUGUAACGGCACAAUCUAGUGCAGUGGGUUAGUCAACUCCCCAAACACAGUUUCAUAAGUAAGGACGUUUCGGUUCACAGUUGUCCCGAGCCUCUGUGUGAAAAUGGAGACUUAUUUAAGGAGCUGUCGGGACGUGCUGAAGGCUCACAUGAAGAACAGCUCUGGGCAACUCAGUGUUGUGCUGGGGAACGAGGCAUGUGAUCUUGACUCCAUGGUGUCAGCCCUCACUUUUGCCUAUUUCCUUUCAAAGACUUUCGACUCUAGGAAAGCAGCAGUGCCUGUGCUGAAUAUCCCACGAGCAGAAUUUCCCUUGCGCUCUGACUGUGCUUUCCUGCUGAGAGAGAGCGGCCUGUCUCAGGACUACCUGCUGUUCAGGGAUGAACUGGAUUUGCACAGUCUGCAAAAUUUGGCCAUUACAUUAGUCGACCACAACAUUCUACCCGAGGCUGACAGGACACUGGAAGAUGCUGUAGUAGAAGUCAUUGAUCAUCAUCGUUUAGAAAGAACCCCAUCUCCUUUUUGUCCCAUCACCGCAGAGACUGUGGGCUCCUGUGCCACCCUGGUUACAGAGCGCAUUGUCCAGAAGGCACCUGAGCUGCUAGACCAACAGGUGGCACAGCUCCUAUAUGGCACGAUUAUCACUGACUGUGUUAAUAUGGCACCUGAAGCAGGAAAAGUCACACCCAAAGACAGCCAGUAUGUCAUCCUUCUAGAGAGCCGUUUUCCUAAACUCCCACCUCGCAGCAUCCUCUUUCAGUCUCUACAGAAUGCCAAGUUUGAUGUUUCAGGCCUUACCACUGAGCAGAUGUUGUUAAAAGAUAUGAAGACUGUAUCAGGUGGAGAUCUAAGACUGGCUGUCAGUGUUAUCUACAUGACCCUCGAGGAUUUCCUGCAACGUAAGAGCCUACAGCAGGAGCUUUGUGAAUUCUGUCAUAAGCAUAACUACAAUCUGGUUGUGGCCAUGACCAUCUCUUUCAUCGACAAUAAGGAGCCUUUCAGGCAGAUUGCUGUUUACAGCUCCAACACACGUAACAGGGAUGAGGUAAUCAAAGCACUUGAAAAAGCCAGGAACCCCCAUCUGAAUCUCAGUCCCAUGAGCAGUCCAUAUACAGACAUGAAGGCCUACGUUCAGGGCAACACUUUGGCCUCACGCAAGAAGGUGUUACCCAUCGUUUCAGACUUCCUUAAAGAAAAAGAGAGGAAAAUGGAACACCUGGAGGACCUGGAGCUGGAGGAUGAGGCCACACAAGAGCAGGGGGACUCUCAGCAGUACUGUGAGGACAAUAUGAUGGAAGAGGACUUUGGUGUCCCUCCAACACCCAUGAACAGUCUGGUCGAAGGCUGUCCUUUAGACAAUGGUCUACCCAAAAUCAACGCAGAUGUGCUGGUGGAAAAAGUCAGCAAGAUAAUCAUUGAGGAGGACAAUGACGGGCCAUGAGGCUUCACUAGUUUUGUUGUUGAAUCUCUGCUUCUGAAGUCAGAAGUUGGCUGUUGGAGAAAACUGGUUCUUCUUGUUCAAGUGUGCGCAAGUAUACAGCUAGCACAGGGCAGGAAACCUGAAACUGCUCUUUUCUGACCGAGGUUCAUUGGAAAAGCACACGUUCCUGGUGUCUUAAAUCGUGGUACUCAGUUUAAUAAGUUUAAAUGAAGAAGUGGCGUUCAGCAUUUGGACAUAAUUAUCAUGGAUAAUUAUUUAAAUUAUAUUGUUUCUGUAAUCAUUUUUGUUUAUAAUAUAUUAUUAUAUUACAUUACAUUACAUUACAUUACAUCAUUUUAGUCCAGCUGCUCAUGCCAUGGGUUCUUCAGCACAAUCUAUUCAGCAAGUUGAUUAAGAAGCAUUUUUCUCAGGUCUUCUGUGAUACUAAUCUAAAUAUAUAACAGGAGCAUAAUGGUAGGGAUCAAUGAUAGUUUCAUUAUUACUGAUGGUAUUUCAUCAUGUAAAGUUUAUCUAAAGGCUGCCUACAGUUAAACCUGCAAAAAUAGUUUUAAAAGAAUUUGGCUAUUAUUCAUUCUAUUAAUUUUUUUAUUUUUAGUAUUAUUUGCUGACUUAGCAUUAAUAAACAAUCCUGAAGGGACGUAUUGGGCACAUUUAAGGUUAAAUAUUUGAUCUUAAAGAAACAUCCUUGAAUACCAUUCAAUGUUUUUCUUAUAUUUGCAGUUUUGGUUUUAUGGAAGGACAUAACAUUUUAUUUUUAAUGAGGUUAAAAUCAGUCUUAGUGAAGUGCUGUUAUGCAUUUCACUCGCACUUAGAUUUCAGUGCAUGAAUUAUAUUGCUUAUUGUUUAAUCAGAUAUGUUGAAAAUCAAUAUUAGAUAUUCUGAUUCACAAAAUAUCAUUAUGAAGCAUUCGUGUCUUAAACUAUGCCCUGAUUCAGGUCAGGCGUUAGUCACGUCUAUAAUAGUGUAUCAAGAGACAUUAUCUAUUUUAAUUUGAUCUAACUGAAUUGCAGCUCAACUGCUCACAUGCAAAGACCUCUGCAGAGAAAUUUGUGCUAAAUCCCAAAGAGUAUUAAUGCACGAUUCAGCAUGUUCAGUGUUCAAUUCAGCAAAGUUAAUUUGUGCAUAUCUGUCAUCUGAAUAAUCAGAUGCAUUUUAUACAUUUCAUUUAAGUGGUAAUGCAAAAAUAAGGUACGCCGUGCAGGAAUUAUUUGCUUGUGUGUGUGUUGUGUUUUCUUUUCUUUUACAGUUUAGGAGGAAAAAACAUUUGUUUUUGUUUUUUUAUCAUCAUUUAAAUUUAAGUGUCAAUUAUUAACCAGUAUUUUCAGCAUGCCAAGUGAUGUAUUUAUUCUGGUAUAAUUAAAUGACAAUUAUUCUGCUGUUUAUUGCUUAUGAUGCAUCACAGUUGUUCCAACAGCUUUAGGAUACACAACAUUAUAAUUUGGAUAUUUCAUUAGAAUUUUGAAGGAUCCAACCUUAAUUGCAAGGAACACGUUGACACGGCACAUUGUUGAGAGCCGUUUUUCGUUUUGUAGAAGUAGGAGUGCAGCUAUCACCAGGAUAAAUAUAAUUCAAUCACUGUGAAUAUUUUUUUCUUUAUAUAAAGAACUAAUAAAAGAAGGCAACAUGUAAAUUACAGUUAGAUGUUUUGUUCUACACAGUGUGUAUGUCAGGUUCUGUAUGUAUUCUGUGAUUUAUGGGGUUGUUAUUUAAAUGAAUGGGGAAGAAUAAUUGCCUUCACGUUAUUAGAUACACUUGUACAGUUGUACUUUUUUGCAGUUAUCCAGUCAGCCAAUCAUGUGCCAGCAGCACAAAAAAAUCGUGCAGACACAGAUCGAGACCUUCAGUUAAUGUUCACCAAAAAAAAGUGAUUGUGAUUGAUCAGAUGGUUUAGUACUUCAGAAUCCGUUGAACUCCUGGGCAUUUCCCAAAUUAUAGUAUCAGCAGUCUCUAGAAAAACAUUUAGGGAGUGACAGUCCUGUGGAUAGAAACACAUUGUUGUUAAAAGGAAAAGUUCCAGAAAUAAUUUUGGCAAAUUAUAAUUUGGCAAAAAUUAUAUAGUAACUCAAAUAAGCAGUCUUUGCUGUGCUGUGAGCAGAAAGGCAUCUUAGCUUUCAAACAUCUAAACUUGAGGUGGAUGAGUUACAAAAGCAGAAGUCCACAUCGGGUUCCACUCCUAUCAGCAAGAGCAGGAAUCUGAGGCUAUGAUAAGCACAGACUCAUCCAAACUUGAAGAUUUUAAAAAAAAAAAUCUAUUUUUCCAGUCUUUACUUUCCAGUUUGGGUGAGUCUUUGUCCAUGAUUUUCCAAAUUAUUCUGUGCCACAGUUAAAAUCAGACAUCACCUUUUUUUUUUCUUCUUCUAUAAAUUCAGAUUUUUAUUCUGAAUAUGAAUUGAAUCUUUUGACCUGCGUCUGCAUGUAAUUCUUAGUGUGCUGCUGAUGAUUUGAUAGCUGCAUGAAUGAGCAGGUGUACUGGUGUUCCUAAUAAAGUGGAUAGUGAGUGUAUGUUCUCCUGGAAGCUGGACAAUCAUGCACGAGUGUGUAAAUGUUUCACCUGAAUAUUAAUUUUAAUGCCUUUCUUAAUUCACAGUUCUUUAGUGUAAUAAAUAAAUAAAUAAAACAAUUGUGUUUUGCACAUAUGAACUCCA